GGAAGUAGGGGGUGGGUACGAAAGGUGAAGGAAGCCUGCACGCCCGCCCGGGAGGAGACCCUUGGAAGCUUGGCGGGGGAGAAAGAGCGGAGAGUGGGUUCUGCGGAGGGAAGGAGGCCCGAGUUUCACCCGAGGGGCGCAUUAGAGGCCUCGGCCUUUCAGUCCAGGGGAAAAGAGGCAGGUGCUGUUCCGAAGGCGUGGUGACAGUAUGGGUAGUGUGAGCAGGGGACGAGGAAGAAGAGCUCCAGGGGAAAGUGAACAGGCCCCUGCCUUCCCGGAGAUGAGGGGGCGGUAGGAAGACGCCUCAGCCUCCUCAAGUAGGAAGGGGAAGGGUCUAAACCUGUGAGGGAAUGAAAGACUGAGGAUCUUCUGAAGUAUAUAGGUAGAGAACGGAACAGUCUGGUAUGUCAGGGGGUGGGAAAACCCGUGUUUUGGAGGACCGGAGAGAAGAUAAUUGAGGGGAAGAAAUGACAUUUCUGCUUUCAGAAAUGACAGGGGAAUUGGCCAGCUGUCUCCUAAUUGAGGGGCAGGAACGGUGAGAGCAGAAUCUUACCUAAGAGUCCUGGAGAGAGAUCCACCAGACCAGACUGAGGCGUGUCGAGCCUUGACCUAGUAGGGAUGGGGGGCGGGGGCGGUUGUAGGGCUUGACCGUCCAAGGAACAGGAGGAGGUCUGAAUUCUCUUAGGAUGAGAGAAAUCUCAAAGGUACUUCCUAACAGGCACAGAAAGGGCCUUGUUUGGUGUCUAUUUAGGAGAACCAAGAACUGGGUUUCCUCAACCUAGGGAUUGGGGAAAGGGAGGAUCAGAUCGUUCUAGACUCUCAGAGGGAUUCUUCUCCCUUGCCUCUGGUAAUGUUACCAAAGUGCUUUUGGAGGACCUUUUCAUUAAAUGUUUGGACUGUCUUCCCUAAUUCGUAAGCCUUUUAUCAAUUAUGGAUAUUUAAUAUAUACUUAGUAUAUACUGACUUGAUGACUUUUUUCAUUAGUCAUGAGUCAACCAUUCAUAUUUACCUCAACAAACAUAUAUUAAGUAGCUAAUUUGUACUCAACUUCAUUGGGUUAGCUUGGGCCCUAAAUUGCUCUUGUCCUAGGCAGAAGUCCCCUAGAGUCUAGUGUGAUGACGCUUCAAAGAACCCUUUAUCCCAUCGCUUCCCCAAACACCUAUAUAGUAGUCUUCAAUAUGUGACCUGUCCCAAACUUCAUUUGCUUUGGCUUUGUCCCUCACAGUGGUCCUGUGUAGCCUUCUUGUCGGCUUUAUUACAUUUGAUAGCACCCUGGAUCACCUACUGAAUGCAUGAGAAGGAAUAAAGAAGGAAAAAAUCAAGGAGUUUUGGCCUCAACAUCACUGAUUUCAAGCUACCAACUUGCUGUCACUAAACUCAGAUUUGGGAAGAGAUGUGCACAAUUGGUUCUCAGGAGCAGGCUCCAGCACAGCACUGGGUGAAUCACAUAUACUAAGAAAACCUAAAUCACCCAGCUAUCUGACUUCAUGUGAAAGAUGGCUAAUGCAGAAGUAAGUGUUCCAGUGGGGGAUGUGGUUGUGGUUCCCACUGAAGGAAAUGAAGGGGAGAACCCUGAAGACACUAAAACCCAAGUGAUCUUGCAGUUACAGCCUGUGCAGCAAGGUUUGUUUAUCGAUGGACACUUUUACAACAGGAUUUAUGAACCUGGGUCCGAGAACAACACGGCAGUCGUGGCAGUAGAAACUCACACGAUUCACAAAAUUGAAGAAGGGAUUGAUGCAAGCACUAUAGAAGCAAAUGAGGAUAUGGAAAUUGCUUACCCCAUAACUUGUGGGGAGAGCAAAGCCAUUCUCCUCUGGAAGAAGUUUGUAUGUCCAGGAAUAAAUGUGAAAUGUGUCAAGUUCAAUGAUCAGUUGAUCAGCCCCAAGCAUUUUGUUCAUCUGGCUGGCAAGUCUACCCUAAAGGACUGGAAGAGAGCCAUUCGUCUGGGUGGAAUCAUGCUCAGGAAAAUGAUGGACUCCGGACAGAUUGAUUUUUACCAACAUGACAAGGUUUGCUCCAAUACCUGCAGAAGCACCAAAUUUGAUCUUCUUAUCAGCAGUGCAAGAGCUCCGGUGCCAGGACAGCAGACAAGUGUGGUGCAGACACCCACUUCGGCCGAUGGUAGCAUCACACAGAUUGCCAUCUCGGAAGAGAGCAUGGAAGAGGCAGGGCUGGAAUGGAACUCAGCUCUCACUGCUGCUGUCACCAUGGCUACAGAGGAGGGUGUGAAGAAAGACUCAGAGGAAAUUUCAGAGGACACUUUGAUGUUCUGGAAAGGAAUAGCUGAUGUAGGACUGAUGGAAGAGGUUGUCUGCAAUAUACAGAAGGAAAUAGAGGAGCUACUCAGGGGAGUUCAGCAGCGGCUCAUUCAGGCUCCCUUCCAGGUAACAGAUGCUGCUGUUCUCAACAAUGUAGCACAUACAUUUGGCCUGAUGGACACAGUAAAGAAGGUUUUGGACAACAGGAGGAACCAAGUAGAGCAGGGAGAAGAGCAGUUUCUCUACACUCUGACAGAGUUGGAACGCCAGUUGGAAGAGCAGAAGAAGCAAGCUCAGGAUCACAGGCUGAAAUCCCAGACCGUUCAAAAUGUGGUACUGAUGCCUGUGAGCACUCCUAAGCCUCCAAAAAGGCCCCGGCUCCAGCGGCCAGCUUCUACCACAGUCCUGAGCCCUUCUCCUCCAGUCCAGCAGCCUCAGUUCACAGUCAUCUCACCCAUCACCAUCACCCCAGUGGGCCAGUCAUUUUCCAUGGGCAAUAUUCCAGUGGCCACCCUCAGCCAGGGCUCCAGUCCUGUGACUGUUCACACACUGCCUUCUGGCCCUCAGCUCUUCCGCUAUGCCACAGUGGUCUCCUCUGCCAAGAGCAGCUCACCAGACACAGUGACCAUCCAUCCUUCAUCUAGCUUAGCACUGCUAAGCUCCACUGCCAUGCAGGAUGGGAGUACCCUGGGCAACAUGACCACCAUGGUGAGCCCCGUGGAGCUGGUGGCCAUGGAGUCCGGCUUGACCUCGGCAAUCCAGGCUGUUGAAAGCACCUCGGAAGAUGGGCAGACCAUCAUUGAGAUUGACCCAGCCCCAGACCCAGAGGCUGAGGAUACUGAGGGCAAAGCAGUUAUUUUGGAGACAGAGCUGAGGACUGAGGAGAAAGUUGUGGCUGAGAUGGAAGACCACCAGCAUCAAGUCCACAAUGUGGAGAUUGUGGUCUUAGAGGAUUAACUGGGGAUCUCAGGGCCAGGAGAUAUGCUUUGGUUUGGAAUUUUAAUUAUUUGUUUAUUUUUAUCAUUGUCCCACUCAUUUCCACAUAGGAUCCUUUUUUUAAAACAAAAUCUCAUUGUUCUAACUGAAAAUGUUGGGUCCCUCCCUCCCCCUCAUUGAAAAACGGACAAAAACAAGCUGUCCUUCCGGAAGUUGAGAGUAGGUCACUCAAUGUCUAAAUCCUUUUAACGCAAAGAAAGUUAGUUCUUUUAGGGGAGGCAUCAAGACAACCAGAAACCCUGUCCGGAAAGCCCUUUCCAGGCUAGUCUGUCUGUGUACACGUGCGGUUUUAUUUUUGUAAAGAUGCAUUGGCCAAACUCUGGGACGCAGAUCUGACACUGGAAGGCAACCCACCUGCACAUGGAUGCAGAGGAUACUUUAUUUUGUAUCCUGGAAAGGGCCCUCAGAGGCUAGUGCAAAACUCUGAAACAAAAGCAAGUUGAACUGUGCUGGGAGGGGAAGGUGGCAUACCAGCAGCAGCUUGAAAAGGGAAGUGCUUUGGUCAGGAUGGGGCAAGGAAAUUAUCUUACUUCCAGAAGUGCAACUGAUGCCUUUUGAUAUCUCUAAGGGGUUACUACCAUGGGUGCCAUUUUGAGGAGAGGCCAGUAAUAAGUAGAAGGGUACAUCUCCGUGGAGCAAGUGGCAUCAGGGGCCUGGGGCCUGUGACUUUGCAGAAAUAGAAAUCUGGGUUUCAAGCUCACUUUCCCCUCCUUCCCCAAUUUUUUCAAAGCACUUAACCCCCCUAAACUAGGAUCAAUCCAUUCAUUUGCAAACUAUGUGAUGUGGUGUAAAUUUCUCUGGUUCCUGGACUGUGGCUGUCAUGGAGGUGGGGCUCCAAGGCCAUAGUUUUUAUUGCAUGACUCCGGGUGCAGGGUAGUUCCUCAUCCAGACCAGCUGCCCUUUUUGGUGGGGCCCUUUUUUGGCUUUGGAACCAAAAGCAGCCACUCAUUUGGUGCUUCCUCUUGUUCUCCCUUCCAUCCCUCAACUGUUAAUGGCAUCUGUCUCCUGGAUCCCACGCUCUUCAGCUUUUUGGCUGAUUUGGAGAACAGUGACAGGUGUCUGCCUGCCUUCAUCCUCUUUUAGAUUCAUUUAUACCACAGAUGUUUCUGUGAGAUAUUGAGCUCUUAAAAAAAAAAAAACAAAAAACAACAAAAAAAAACCACCUUAGGCUUGGCAGAGAAGACUCAACAGCCCCAGCCUAUCCUGAGGCAACAAGUAGAUGUCUCCUCCUGAGCGAGCUGGACUCCCUGGGAAAGAAGCAUUGUCUGCAACAUUAUAUUAUAGGAAAUGUACCAGGAAUGUCAAUAAUAAUAUCUUUGGGGGGUGUUGUUAUUAUUUUUUUUUACGUUGUUUGUAUGUUUAGAGCUGGGCCAUUUUCUGUGCUGUGAUUCCUGCUCUUUGACCAUUUUCAGUGUUUGGGGCAAGAGUGGACCCUGGUUUUUAUUUCUUUGAUUGCAUUGUUUACUGCACUAGAUAAAAUAUAGGGAAACUGCAGACAAUUUAAAGGAAAAAGAGGUCAAAACGAAAGCACACACCUUAGGAGUGGGAGGUUUUUUUGUUUUUGUUUUUGUUUUUUUGUUUUUUUAAUUAAAAGCAAAACUUUGGCUUAUAGUUUCCUUUUUUUUUUUUUUUUUUUUUUUUUUAAGAGGGCACCCACUUGAAGCCAUGUUUCUUCCAACAGAUGUUGGAAACCUUGUUGUCAAGGAAGUGAAGACUGCAUUCUGCCGUCUUUCAGAUGGCUUUAAUAGCUAAAGAAGCCCUCUAACUUGGGAGGGCAAUCUUAAAAGCCUUAAGGGUGAGAUUUCGUAACCCCAUAUAAUUGUGGCUUUCAGCUUUAAAAUUGUCUGGGGUUUUACUUUUCUCUUCAAAAUGUUCAAUAGAUGUAGCAAUCAGCUUAGAACAAACCUUUGGCCCUUUAGCGAGGGAAGUGGCUUUUAUUAUUGCUUCUUUAGGUUUUCUGAUGGUACAUAAACAAAACCAAAAUUUCAGUUUAAGCCUAAAACUGCUACUUGACCCUAGGAAGGCACAUGUCACCCCUAUCGUGGUUUUUAGGGACACUUUUCUCUUUCCCAGAGAUGCAAGGUCCGAUUCAGGACAGAGGGGGAGCCCUGGAGAACACCCACACACUAGCUCAGGUUCCUUUCUUUCUUCUGUCAGCUGUUGUUGGUAGUGUUUUAAAGCAGUGUGAGCAUCAUGCUUCCAAAGUCAAGAGAUCUUUUCCUCCUAAAGACAGAGCCUGUUUACUUGCACUAUCUGAAUAUUCCGGCUGGUGGAAAUACACAAGCUUUGUUGUUUUCCUGGUCUUCCAAUAGCCUGUCAUUAUUGCUAGCUGCUGUGGCACCUGUUGUGUGGGGGUUUCCUCAGAGCCCUGGUCUAAAUGAUCUCAGACAGCGUGAGAAAUAUGCAAGCCAUUGGUAUGUGCACAAGCAGUUGCAAUGAAUCAUUCCUCAGGCUGACUUGGCAGUAGCCAUCUAUAUUUCUGUUCAUUCAUUAAAUAAACAUUUAUAA